AUGUCUCACGGCAGAUCAGCGGCCAGCCCUGAAAGUCGGAGCGGCGAGAAAAGUACGCAGUGCUCUUUGUUACUGUAAAACUGGUUCCACCUCCGCGACGUCGUUAACAUGAGAAAGAAACUUCUUCACUGACCGCCGGGAAGUGAAAUUUCGGCGAAGGGUCAGUUGUGCCGUUCCCUUCCUGGAACUUCAGCCAGUCCAGCAGCCGUUCAGCUCCGACCACACCCUCCCUGCUUCCUCAUACUGCAGCGGGAGCGCGCAGCACGACUUUGAAUCCCCGGGAAUAACGGCCCUUUCCUCGGCUACCUUUUGGGAUUUCAUGUUCGGGGAACUAGACGAAACAUGUGAGUUGACUGUCCAAAGACUUUUGAGCGGUUAUGGCGCUGAAAAGCAAGUGUCAGCAGGGGCUAUGCGGGGCUUCACAUUCUCUGGUCCCGUGUCAAGACGCCUAGAGGAAGAGGAGGAGGAGGAGGAGGGCGGACAGAAGGACGAUGCAUAUGGAGUCCAAGCGACUGCAGCAUUCGCUAGCUUCUAA